UGCUCUCCCCUGUGAGUCGAUCGCAGAGCUGACGCUUACGCUGAUGCAACACUGACAGGUCCAACCCAGCCGGCUUUUCUCACCGUGAAGAAGAAGACGACGACAGGUGUUUGAGAAGGCCCUGAAGGCAGCAUGGCAGAUCAGCUAAGUCCAGAUGAAAAGUUAGACCUCAUCACCAGGAACCUCCAGGAGGUCCUGGGAGAAGAGAAGCUGAAGCAGGUUCUUCAGGAGAGAGAGCUGAAGGUGUACUGGGGCACAGCGACCACUGGCAAACCCCACGUAGCUUAUUUUGUCCCGAUGUCCAAGAUAGCAGACUUCCUGAAGGCCGGAUGUGAGGUCACUAUUCUGUUUGCAGACUUGCAUGCUUACCUUGACAACAUGAAGGCCCCCUGGGAGCUGCUGGAGCUCAGGGUGAAGUACUACGAGCAGGUCAUCAAGGCCAUGCUGGAGAGCAUCGGUGUACCUCUGGAUAAACUCAAGUUUGUCAAAGGAACCGACUACCAGCUCAGCAGAGAGUACACUCUGGAUGUGUACCGUCUGUCCUCCAUGGUGACGGAGCACGAUGCUAAGAAGGCCGGAGCUGAGGUCGUGAAGCAGGUGGAGCAUCCGCUGCUGAGUGGUCUCCUCUACCCCGGACUGCAGGCUCUGGAUGAGGAGUACCUCAAGGUGGAUGCUCAGUUUGGAGGAGUUGACCAGAGGAAGAUUUUCACCCUGGCAGAGAAGUACCUGCCUUCUCUUGGCUAUGCCAAACGCGCCCAUCUGAUGAACCCGAUGGUACCAGGACUGACAGGAGCCAAGAUGAGCUCCUCAGAAGAAGAGUCAAAGAUUGAUCUACUGGACUCCAAAGAAGACGUGAAGAAGAAGCUGAAGAAGGCUUUCUGCGAGCCAGGCAACAUCGAGAACAACGGAGUCCUCUCCUUUGUCAAAUAUGUCCUCUUCCCUCUGCGUGGAGAGUUCUGCAUCAAAAGAGACCCAAAGUGGGGUGGAGACAAAAUCUACACUGUGUUUGAGGAGGUGGAGAAGGACUUUGCAGAGGAGGCCGUCCAUCCAGGAGACCUGAAGGCCUCAGUGGAGGCAGCACUAAACCAACUACUGGAGCCAAUCAGAAAGAAGUUUGAGUCACCUGAGCUUCGCAAACUGUCCAACUCUGCCUACCCCAGCGCCUCAAAGACGAAAGCAGCAAAGGGUGCCAAGACAGGAGGAGGAGGAGGUGCAGGAGGAGAGGACAAUGAGCUGGUCCCCUCCAGACUAGACAUCAGGGUGGGCAAGGUCAUCGGCGUGGAGAAGCAUCCAGAUGCCGAUUCGCUGUACCUGGAGAAGAUCGAUGUGGGAGAGCCGGAGCCGAGGACGGUAGUUAGCGGGCUGGUCGCCUACAUUUCACAGGAGGACUUACAGGACAGGAUGGUGUUGGUGCUGUGCAAUCUGAAACCCCAGAAGAUGCGUGGAAUCGAGUCUCAAGCCAUGCUACUAUGCGCCUCUAUUGAAGGGGAUCCCAGGCGGGUGGAGCCUCUGGAUCCACCAGAGGGCUCCUCGCCAGGAGAACAGGUCUUUGUCGAGGGAUAUGAGACAGGCAAGCCAGACGACAAACUCAACCCAAAGAAGAAGGUGUGGGAGAAACUACAGGUCGACCUAAAGAUGUCGGACGAGUGUGUAGCUCAGUGGAAAGACAGACAUCUGAUGACCAAACUAGGACAGAUCACAUGUAAGACACUCAAAGGAGGCAACAUCAGUUAGGCACACGUUCAAUUCACCACCGAAAGCUGCUGCUCCUGUCGGCCACAUUACUACAACAACAAUACUAUCAUCAGCGAAUCACCAUGCCAACCGACGGUCAUACUUCAUCUGGAUGUUGAUGAGGCAAUGAUGCCAAAAGUCUCGAAUGCUUUGGAUCGGCUUAGAUUUAUUCUGUUACCUUGCUUUGACUUUGUUAGGAAAAUAAGAGCUUGUACAACAAAUAUGUAACUAAUCAACCGAUGAUUCAUUACUGUCUCUUUUUUUAUUUACCGGGGGUUGUUUGGUGUUCCUAACACACAGUUAAAUAUACAAAUACAAUGUGUUUAUGUAAAACAUACUGCUACUCAGUUAAUAAAAGAUAACUUUCUUGAAUGUUGGUUGUUCCCGGAAGUAGCUGAUAAGGAAUCUCAGGUUUUCAAAAAGGGACUUGAUGUUUCAGAAGUUUUCUACAUUAAAAUUGCACUGUGUUGAUUGACUUCAUAGUAAAUGUCAGGGCAAAGACCAAUCUGCCAAACCUAAUUAUGAAUAAGAAUGGUUUUAUGGGUUUCAGACAUCAGAUGUAUGUUAAAAAAAA